GCUUCGGGAAGAUGGCGCUACGUCUACUGCGGAGGGCGGCGCGCGGAGCGGCGGCGGCGGCGCUGCUGAGGCUGAAAGCGUCUCUAGCAGCCGAUGUCCCCAGACUUGGAUAUAGUUCCUCAUCCAGUCACAAGUACAUCCCCCGGAGGGCAGUGCUUUAUGUACCUGGAAAUGAUGAAAAGAAAAUAAAGAAGAUCCCAUCUCUGAAUGUAGAUUGUGCAGUGCUCGACUGUGAGGAUGGUGUGGCUGCAAACAAAAAGAAUGAAGCUCGACUGAGAAUUGUAAAAACUCUUGAAGACUUUGAUCUGGGCCCUACUGAAAAAUGUGUGAGAGUCAACUCAGUUUCCAGCGGUCUGGCGGAAGAAGACCUAGAGACCCUUUUGCAAUCCCGGGUCCUUCCUUCCAGCCUGAUGCUACCAAAGGUGGAAAGUCCUGAAGAAAUCCAGUGGUUUGCAGACAAAUUUUCAUUCCACUUAAAAGGCCGAAAACUUGAACAACCAAUGAAUUUAAUCCCUUUUGUGGAAACUGCAAUGGGUUUGCUCAAUUUUAAGGCAGUGUGUGAAGAAACCCUAAAGAUCGGGCCUCAAGUAGGUCUCUUUCUAGAUGCAGUUGUUUUUGGAGGAGAAGACUUUCGAGCCAGCAUAGGUGCAACAAGUAGUAAAGAAACCCUGGAUAUUCUCUACGCCCGGCAAAAGAUUGUUGUCAUAGCAAAAGCCUUUGGUCUCCAAGCCAUAGAUCUGGUGUACAUUGACUUUCGAGAUGGAGCUGGGCUUCUUAGACAGUCACGAGAAGGAGCUGCGAUGGGCUUCACUGGUAAGCAGGUGAUUCACCCUAACCAAAUUGCCGUGGUCCAGGAGCAGUUUUCUCCUUCCCCUGAAAAAAUUAAGUGGGCUGAAGAACUGAUUGCUGCCUUUAAAGAACAUCAACAAUUAGGAAAGGGAGCCUUUACUUUCCAAGGGAGUAUGAUCGACAUGCCAUUACUGAAGCAGGCCCAGAACAUUGUUACGCUUGCCACCUCCAUCAAGGAAAAAUGAUCUGUUCAAUGAAGCUCUCAUCAGCAUGUACUCUUAUAUUGAAGGCUAAAGGGUAUUGAAGCUGCAGAGGGAUCAACUUGUGCUUGCCAGAGGACGCCAAUGAAGUUUGAAACACCAACAAUCAGAGAUUUUGUUUCUGUUCCUCAUUAAAUCAUGAGCUUUUGUGCCGAGACUCUGGACGACUGUUCCUUAAGAAAUUAACAGAAUGGGAAGUUUUAAACUCUACACCAACCUUUUCAUGACCUACACAGCAGCAACACUGCUACUCUUAGACAAACACCGCGGGGAAGGCUGUUCUGUUUAUUUAAAUUUGUAAAUAGAAAACAGUUGUUUUUUACUUUCAUUUUUCACCUCCUCCUACGCCCUUUUGGAUUAUUUCCUCCGCAGCCCCUAGCGUGAGCCCCAAGCAGGCCUCUCCUUUUCCCCACUUCUUGCAAUUCGCACAGGAAGCCCAAGAGGUGAGUGGAGCUGAGGUUAGACACCAGGAGAGGCACCAUCACACGAAAGCACGGCCGCAGAGUCCCACCACCACCAGGUGACCCCCACCCUGCCCAGUGCACAGCAGAGAAGGACAGCCAUACGGGGAGCCAGCACUGGGCAAGAUGGCUGUGGGGACCCUCAUUCUGUGAAGACAACAACUCAUUUCCCAAACACGGGAUCCAGGAGACAGAGAGCUCCUAAAUGGAGAUGGCACAUGCUCCAUGGGGUCCCUCAUAAAGCAGUGCCACCCUCCACCCUGGCUGCCCUGUGCUGCCCCAGAGUGGCCAGAAAGGAAGGUGAGAGCUAGCCCCAUCCUCACUCAGAGGCAGGAAGGAGGAAUAUGGCAUCUCACCAACGCGAGAGCCAAACGGCCUCUAGCCACACUGCUUCCAGACCCCAGAGCGGGCAGCAGCAGCAGUUCCUGCAGGAGCACCCACAGCACCCAUUGUUGCAGCUGGGACCCACUGAGGAUGGGACUCCUGGAGUCAGGUGCGCACCAGGUAACCCAGGACCACGCUGCGCACACCCAGUCCGCCCCUCUGCUCAGAACGCAGAGGGAUGGGAGGAUGGCUUGGCAGUGGCAAGGCAAGAGAAGGCCUCUCUCGCUCUGCCCCUGCCAUAGACACCUGCUGAGGGUGUUAGAAACAGUGGAGGCAGGGCUGGUCCUAAGCAGAAGAAGAAAAUAAACCCCAUCUUGUCUUUCCUAUGGGCAGCCCUCACCCCAAUCUAACUACCCUUUCCAUCCUCCAGCCUAGUCCAACGAAGCCCUUGGCUUGAGGCGAUGAAGGGCUUGCAUUCUAGUCUCCACCCUGGCCCCACAGGCAGCCAGCCAGCCAGCCCCACACAGAGGAGCCUCCUCAAGACCUCCCCAGCCAAGGAGCCCUAAGACCUGGGGAAAAGCAGGCCCCUCCGCAAGGUCCCUGGGUGGUACGGAGGCCUGACUGGCUAAGUCUCCCACUGCUGGCCACUCCCAGGCCACGGUUUCCUAGGUCCCAGUCACAUCGGACUGCUCGCCACACCCCUGCCCUCAUCCCAAACUGCUUUGUUCAAACAAAACCACCUUGUUUCAGUCUCCCCAAAUGUCCAGUUUAUUAUCUUCCUCAUAAUCCAUGGUCCCUAUCAGGGUAGGAUCAUGAGACUAGGACCUAUGAGAGUCACAAAUCUGGACCAAAGUCCCAUUCUCUGAACAGAGACCCAAACGACGAGGGUCCCAGAAGAGAGUUCAGUCCUGAUCAGAAACCCAGGGUGCCUUAGACCUCGAAGAACGAAACUCCAGGAAGAAGAUGCUGGAAGGCAAAGGGUAUUCCCCCUCUUUCCCCACCCGCAUCGCUGUGGUGCCACGGGUGGGCCCAGGUGCCCUGGGAAAGAUGGGAGAGCAGCCAAGGGUGGGUGAGUGAGCUCCACUGAGCUCACCGGGCACCCUGGACAUGGGGAAGUGACAGCUGCCCGGCUCCUGAGCCAGGCAUGGGUGACAGGAAGAGGACCUUGCAGCUAAUCUGAUUAAUUAGAAACCAUACCUGUUUAUAUUUUGUGUAGCUCAUCACAAGCCGCUUAGCCAUAUCACCCCCCUGUUAUUAAUUCUUGGGGUCUAAAUUAUGGGUAACACUAUUAAAACAUUAUCAGAACUAAUGAGAAACAAUUACUUAGAAAAUGAGCCGGGACAAGAUUGAGUCGAGAACAUCAGUGGUGAUCGCUGUAGAUUAGUUUAAUAAAUCAUCAGGUGCAAGGCAAGACUGACUGUAUGUAUGCAAAGCCCCGUCACGGGAAAAUGAAAUUGAGAUUUUUUUUUGCAUAAUUUUUUCAUUAAUCUCAAUAGGACCCGUGUGGUGUAGAUUGCUUUAUUCCCCUAAUACCUUCCCUGAGGGGGGGGGCCCAAUAAUGUCUUCAUUGUUUUACUGAGGUCUUAAUGACAAUCUGUGACAACCUCAUUUUAAUGUAUAGAGGAUUAUAUCAAUACAGUCAUGUUUUAUUGAAACGGU